UUCCAUUGUCUGUUCGUGGUAGAAUGCAAAUAUGGCGGUCAAUGCUGGCAUAGCAAUGUUAGAAGAGAGAAUUAAAGUUCUUGAAAGACGUAUUAUUUCUACAAAUCCCGACAAAAUAAAAACAUCGGUACGUUAUAUAGAUAAUGUUGUAUAUUUGGUGUCAUUUUGGAAAAGAUUGAACAGGUUUUUGAAGUAUUAAAACACGUUUUAAAGAUGUAUUAAAUCAUGUGAAUUUAUGUGUCUAGUGCACAGAUGCUUUGACGCAAGUGAAACAAGAUUUAAAUAAAAUUGCAACGAGGUACUCAAAGCUUGGAGUUUUGUGGAAGAGAUGUAAGAAGAAUAUCUCAAACGUAUUUAAUAUUGUUUUGUCAUGUUCACUUUAAUAUAGUUUAAUAGUUAUAUAAUGAAAUGUACACACAUGUAUUUAAUACGUAAAAUUGUACAACACUGAGUUUAAAAGUUGUCUAAAUACUUAUAGAGCCACACAUUUUGUUCUAGUGAAUGAGUUGCAGGACUAUUUGACACCAGAAUUUCUUGAGAAACUUACACUAACAGAUCAAUCUAAGGCAGAUAUUAUCUUGGCAGGUAAAAAAUGUUACACUAUAAAUACUAGUCGAUUAGAUUUUAUAUUACUAGAAAUACUCAAUGUGAUAUAUUGAUGUAUAGGUGAACAACAACUCACGGCUACAGCAGAACAAUUUCAGACUUUGGAGCAAUUCAAGAAUAUUCCUAGUGAGGCAACAUUUAAAGGUAUAACGGAUCAAUCACUAUUGAUAAAUAACCUUGCAUCUAGUUAUAUCUGACUUUAUGUUUUAGAUUUACCAGAAUGGUCAUGUAAACUUCAACCAUUGGUGCAAGUCAACAUACAACAGCUGGUAAGAUGUGCGGGUACCCAAUAAGAUACCAGGCUUGUAGCGAGAUCAGAAGUGCAUGCAAUCUCACGUUUCAGACAUUUUAACUCUUUAUUUUACAUAUUAUUUAGGAAGAGAUAGAAACCUUGGAUGAACAAGUUUGUGAACUUUUGACAACCUACAACAAUAUUGUAUCCUUUCUGUUUCCAUUUCAGAUUGCUUGAGUGUACAUGAGACUAUAACUUAGACAAAACAUUUUCAAGUAAAUUAGGUCUAUUUUCCUGGCUUUGAAUUGUUUUUCUUGACAAUUUUGUGCAGAUCAACAGUCUAUCAAGACAAUUUCAAGAGUGGGAAAAUAUCAUUUGUGAACUAGAAGAGGCUGCUCAAAAUACAACCACAGAGUAAUUUGGCAAUCUAGUGAACAUAUAAAUGAACAAAACGAAUAUGAUAGAUAUUAGUAUAUUUAUUACUGUAUGAUAUAUGAAUCUUCCUUCUGUAUGAUGAUGAUGAUGAUGAAAUAUUCCUUGUAUAUUGACGAGUAUUUGUAAUAUUGUCUUUCAUGGAAAUUCAACCAACCAGCUAUAUUACAUGAACUCCAUCACAAAUGAUGCAUAGUAUAUGUGCAACUAACACCAAAUAUGAUUUUUGGUAUGCGUUUUGGGUCACUUGGUGACUUGGGUGAUUUUAAGAAGAAAUGUAAUAUAUCUUUAUAAUAAAAAAGUUAAGAAUCUUGCAAAUUAGUUUUCCCAACUAAAAUUCCCCAAAUGACAUCAUAUUCUGCAGCUUCAUGAGCCAAAAAGUCAAGCAAGACGAGUUUUUUACUAUUAUACAAAUAAUGAAUGUUUAUGAGUGCAAUGGUAAGAAUAUUUUCAUGAGGUGAAAGAUGGAAUGUAACAUUGAACGAGGUGACAGCAGAGUUGAAUGGAACAUUCAAUCUUUCACUGAAUGAAAAUAUUCUUACCAUUGCACGUAUAAAAACAUUCAUUAUUUGUUUUAUAUAAUACCAAAAUAGACUAAUAGAUUCGUACAUAAUUUAUUUAGCAUUUUGACAAAUGCUAUUUAUCGAAGACACAAGAGUGGAAUGGAAUAAAACAUACAGUACAAUUGCACUCGCAAAGAGUGCAAUGGAACGUAUUCCAUUGCACUCUUGGGAUAUGGAAUUUUCUAUUUAAUAUCACGUGACCAUAAACAGCCAAUUAAACGAUCAGAAUUUAAUAAGGUAUUAUAUAAAAAGAUACAUUACAUUUCCUCUUAGAAUCCAAAUAUUUCGUAUUUUCGUAGGCCAAAAAUCAUAUUUGAGGUUAGUAGCACUUUAAUAAAUCUUUUCUAAAGUAAUGUUUCUAUUGAUGGUAGUGAUGGGAUUUCUCACGAUAUAUAUAUAUAUAUAUAUAUUUAUCAAUUACUUCAUGCCUUGUAUAACCAGGCCUUUGCUAUAUGAAACAAUCAACAUCACAACAGGUUAUCCCAGAGAUGAUCAAACUUCUACAAUACUUGGUCCCAGAACCUUCAUAGCUGCUCCUACGAGAUGCAGACUUCCAGUUACCACAACUUGCACGUGAUUUACAUGCGAAAGAACACGUGGUAAGCGCGAAUGUUCAGGACUAAAAGUCAGCGAUGGCUCGCGUUCCGCGAGAACACAAUGUAGUGCGUCUGACACGGAUGAAAACACGCACGAACUUUGCAUUGCGUUAGCACGCAAUCUUCUGUCCAAAUCACGCAAGGGCAAGGCACCAGUGCCCCCAGUGAGUAGUUUCCAGGCCUCGUGAUUUUCAUGGCAACGUUUCAACUUUGAACUCAGGCUGGCGGUAAAGUCUGAUAGAUCUAAGGUGGACAGAAUGAAAGAAACGUAUUUC